AUGGAGUCUACGCCGGUUAAUUGGGAAGCCCUAGACUCUCUCCUCAUCGAUUUCGCCAAAUCGGAAAACCUAAUUGAAGAAGACUCCUCCGUCCCCUCCCCCUCCUCCUCCUCCUACCACUCCCGCCUCCUCAUCCGCCACAUCCGACGCUCUCUCCACACCGGCGCCGUCGACGCUGCCGUCCAUCUCCUCCGCCUCCACGCCCCCUCCAUCCUCACUGACCACAAGAUUCUUUUCCGCCUCCACAAACAGAAAUUUAUUGAGCUUCUUCGGAAGGGGACUGCGGAGGAUCGGGACUCUGCUAUCGAGUGUCUGAGGACGUCUCUCGCUCCUUGCGCGCUGGAUGCUUAUCCGGAAGCAUAUGAGGAAUUCAAGCACGUUCUGCUCGCGUUUAUAUAUGACAAGGAUGAUAAGACUUCUCCCGUGGCAAAUGAGGGCACCAUUAUAGGUGUGUUCUAUCCUUUGUGUGAACCGUGGUUUGGUAAGCUCAUGAUGAUGCUUGCUUAUUUUAUGCAGUGGUCAGAACGGAGGAGGCUUGACUUAGCUGGAUAUAUGUCCUCUAUGUUACGGGCUCAUUUAAAUGCCUAUGACCCGAUUUUUUCAAUGGCUCUGAGAUAUUUAAUAAGGGUAUAUUGUUUACGUCAAGGUAUUACGUCACCGAUCUCUGAUCUGACUGAAAGAUUGCUCCUUGAAGAGCGUGAUCCUCCUGCAACAUCGCAAGACAUUUUAUAUGAAGUUCCACCAUUUGAUGAGGUUGACAUACAGGCUCUUGCGCAUGCCGUAGAACUUACCAGACAAGGGGCAAUUGAUAGCUUGAGAUUCAGUAAGGGUGAUCUGUUCCUGGCAUUUCAGAAUGAAUUAUGUCGGAUGAGGUUGGAUGUUCCACUUCUUGACCAACUUGUUAGAGAGUAUUGUGUUUACAGAGGCAUUGUUGACUCUGCAUCCGGGAAGCAACCUAUUCCAGAACCCGUGAAAUUCAACCCGCAAGACCCUGGGUAUUGCUCAUCAAGGGAUUAUUCUCUUGAGAUAGAGUGUAACGCCAACAAGCAUUCUGAUGGUGAAACUUCCAUUACCAAUGUUCAGAUGGACAGGUCCCCUGAAAAUAAUGCUGAUGUGACUAGCAUGAGACAAAUUGAUUUUGAAGUACGAUAUGCUUCUGAACUCACAAGCCUCCAUGAAGACUGUAGCACCAGUGGUUCGCAGCAACAUGACGAAGCAAGUGCUUUGCAACGAAGCAGGUUGCCUGGAAAUGGAGAAAGGAGCAAGCGCAAGCGAUGGAGAGGACGGUAUGAUGACAAUAGUUACAUGCCCAAUGCUUCUUUAGAAGAGCACAACAAGCAAGAGCAUAGCAUAAGUACUGUUGUUUCAACUAUAUCAAAGGAGAAACAGGGCUCUGAAAAGCUUUCUGUACAUGAUGUUAGUAAUGUGGAAGAUAGAUACGAGAUUCUGUUGGGAAUGAAGGAAUUAGCUAGCAGAGGAAUGGCUGCUGAAGCAGUAGAGGAGGUUAAUGCUAUUGAUCCCAAUUUCUUUGCCCAGAACUCUGUUUUGCUCUUCCAACUUAAGCAGGUUGAAUUCCUCAAGUUGGUUGGCUCUGGUGAUUAUAAUGCUGCUUUAAGGGUUGCUUGCACCCAUUUGGGUCCUUUAGCUGCUAGUGAUCCUGCCUUACUAAAGCCUUUAAAGGAAACUCUUUUGGCUUUGCUACGGCCUAAUGAAGAUGCUCUUGGAAAUGCAUUACCUUUGCAUGCUCUAGCCGCAUCUCUCCAGGUUGCAGUUGGUCGAAGGUUUGGUGUUGAAGAACCUCAACUCAUGAAAAUAAUGCGAGCCACUCUUUAUACUCAUAAUGAGUGGUUUAAACUUCAAAUGUGCAAAGAUCGUUUUGAAGGUCUUCUGAGGAUUGAUUCCUUGAAGGAAGCCAACACUCCCUUCCUUGCACCAGUCUCUACAUCCAAGUCCUAUGCUGAUAGCUGCACAAAUGGAUCUUCUCAGGCUACAGUAUCUUCAGGCACCAGGAUGUCAGAAGAUGGUAGCAGUCCAACUCCGGUAUCUUCAAGGGAUGUCAUCUGUGACGAAGGCGCAAUUCUUAAAGUAAUGGAGUUUUUAGCUUUGCCUAGGGCUGAUGCAAUACAUCUACUUUCACAAUACAACGGAAAUGCAGAGACAGUCAUUCAGCAGAUAUUUGCCUAG